GCUCAGGGAGUGCGCAGCACGGCGAUCGUGUCAUGUGAUCAGCUGUGUCCAAUCACAGCUGAUCACAUGGGACAUGUACACUGAUGAUCAGGGCACUGAUGAUCAGUGUGUGUGCCCCUGAUGAUCAGUGUAGUCCCAGCAGUGUCACCUGUCAGUGUCCAUCAAUGCCAGCUGUCAGUGCUCAUCAAUGCCACCUGUCAGUGCUCAUCAGUGCUACAUCAAUGCCACAUAUCAGUGCCCACCAGUGUACAUCAAUGCCACAUAUCAGUGCCCAUCUGAGCUUCCUUUCAGUGUCACCUAUCAGUGCCAGUCAGUGCCACCUAUCAAUGUCAGUC